UACAGUAUUUCAAUUCCUUAAUACUCUUUGCUCUACCAGUUUUUGCUUUCCUUUCUCUGGAAGAAAUCUCUCCAUAUGGCGAGAAACCAUGAUUCAAAUCCAUUUUUAUUUCCUUCUACAUCCUCUUAUUCUUCUCCAUCGUCCUCGUCCUCGUCCUCCUCCUCAAAGUCGUCCUCAUGGUCCUUGAAGCCAUUGUCCUCGUCCUCAUCUUUUCCUUGUUCAUCUUCUCCAAGUAUAAAUUCUCCUUUCCGGCCUACUUCAGAUCUUCCCACAGCACCUUCCCAACCUUCAAGUGUUUUCCCGUCUCCUGCUUCUGCUGCUGCUGUUCUUGGCCUUUGCGCUGUCUGCAGAACCUUUCAUGCGUACACCGAGAACUGUUGUUUACAGGGAAGCGAAAGCCAACUUGCCCCAGAAUCUGUGGGAUCUCUAGGAGAAGUUCCAAGUCUAGUUUCAAUCAACACAGGCACUCCUAAACGGCAUUUCUCUAUGUUGUUUGAUGCAAUUGCAAAUAAAGUUGCUAGUAAACAAAUGGAAGAUGUGCUCACUAAUUUUGAACAGUACAAGGCCAGGAAGAUCAGCAGGGAAGGUUUUAUUAAAAAGUUGAGAAUGGUGGUAGGAGAUGCUUUACUGAAGUCAACAAUAAAAAGUCUUCUUGUUUUGGAGACAGUUUGACAAAAGUUAAGUCACAGAAAGACUGACCCAAUCAACUGCUUCAGAUGGGUAGACAAGUGGAAAUCCAAGUAUUUGCCAAUAGAAAAUAAUAUUUAUAAAAAUUGAUAGUUUAGCAAUGUAUUACAUACAAAAAUUUAUACUUUUUCUUUAAAAAUAAAAUUUAUAUAUUUUAACAAUAAAAUUAAUUUACUGAAA